GGUACAACAGGAGGAGGUUACUCAACACAGCGAUGAGAACAUUGCUCAUAUAGCGUCUCUCAUCAUAUGUUUACCUCAGUCUUUUCGCUAGAGACAUUCAUUCAUUUAUCCUUUACCUGGUCAGUGUUGAAAACCCGAAUUGCUGCGUUAUCGCUGCACGUGAACAGCAGGAGUGUCGCAUCUCCUCCUGCGCAGACCCGCACCGCGCGCUCACGCCACCGGACACUUGACUGUUUCGAGCCCACUCAGUCAAAACAUGUUUUGGAGCUUCAGCCCCGAGAACUGAGGCCGGAGCACGGGUCUCGACGAAAACCGAACUGACUAUAUCGUCUGGUACCAUUUGUGGACGUCGUCACGCGCUAAGUCGUAAUGUCAAGAAGCUCGAUAGAAAGUCAGAGCAGGGGCGGCUCCGUCCGAGACGUGAGGAUGGCUUCAAACAAUUCCUCGCCCGAAGGAGGUUCUCCGCCCCACCAGAACCGGAUCCGUCAGUCGGACAGUAACACCAGCUUCCUGAGAGCAGCCCGGGCAGGUAACAUCGAAAAGGUUCUAGAGUUCCUCAAGGGCGGACAGGAUAUUUCCACCUGCAACCAGAAUGGACUCAAUGCUCUUCAUCUAGCAGCAAAAGAGGGCCAUGUGGAGCUGGUAGAGGAACUUCUGGACAGGGGUGCGGCCGUGGAUUCUGCAACCAAGAAAGGAAACACAGCUUUGCACAUCGCCUGUCUGGCUGGACAGAAGCAAGUUGCAAAACUGUUGGUGAAAAGAGCAGCAGAUGUUAACGCCCAAUCACAGAAUGGCUUCACUCCACUUUACAUGGCGGCUCAAGAGAAUCACUUGGAGGUUGUGCGAUACCUUCUGGAAAAUGGUGGCAACCAGAGCACGGCCACAGAGGAUGGUUUCACUCCUUUGGCCAUUGCUCUGCAGCAGGGUCACAAUCAGGUGGUCUCUCUUCUCCUGGAACAUGACACCAAAGGCAAAGUCCGCCUGCCUGCCCUUCACAUCGCUGCCCGAAAAGAUGACACCAAGUCUGCUGCUUUGCUGCUCCAGAACGACCAUAAUGCUGAUGUCCAGUCCAAGAUGAUGGUCAACAGGACUACAGAGAGUGGCUUCACUCCGCUGCACAUUGCUGCUCACUAUGGCAAUGUUAAUGUAGCGACUCUGCUGCUUAACAGAGGGGCUGCUGUCGAUUUCACAGCCAGGAAUGGCAUAACCCCUCUCCAUGUGGCCUCCAAACGGGGAAAUAACAAUAUGAUUGCCCUGCUGCUGGAUAGGACUGCUCAGAUUGAUGCCAAAACCAGAGAUGGAUUGACACCUCUGCAUUGUGCAGCCAGGAGUGGACAUGACCUGGCUGUUGAGAUACUGCUGGAGAGAGGAGCUCCUAUACUGGCCAGGACAAAGAACGGCUUGUCCCCGCUGCACAUGUCCGCCCAAGGUGAUCACGUCGAGUGUGUUAAGCACCUCCUGCAACACAAAGCACCGGUUGAUGAUGUCACACUGGACUACCUGACCGCCCUCCAUGUUGCUGCCCACUGUGGACACUACAGAGUCACCAAAUUACUUCUGGAUAAGAAAGCUAACCCUAAUGCCAGAGCACUGAAUGGCUUCACUCCACUGCAUAUUGCCUGCAAAAAGAACAGAGUGAAAGUCAUGGAACUGCUGGUUAAAUAUGGGGCAUCAAUUCAAGCUAUCACUGAGUCUGGUCUGACUCCAAUCCAUGUUGCGGCAUUUAUGGGACAUCUCAAUAUCGUCCUCCUGUUGCUACAGAAUGGAGCCUCGCCUGAUAUCUGUAAUAUUCGUGGAGAGACGGCGUUGCACAUGGCUGCAAGGGCAGGACAGAUGGAGGUGGUGCGAUGCUUGCUGAGAAACGGCGCUCUAGUGGAUGCCAUGGCCAGAGAGGACCAGACCCCUCUACACAUUGCAUCUCGUCUUGGCCAAACAGAGAUUGUGCAGUUGCUACUGCAACACAUGGCACACCCUGAUGCCUCCACCACUAAUGGAUACACACCACUUCACAUCGCUGCCCGCGAAGGGCAGCUGGAGACAGCCGCGGUGCUGCUGGAAGCAGGAGCAUCUCACUCUCUUGCCACAAAGAAAGGGUUCACUCCCCUACAUGUUGCAGCUAAGUAUGGAAGCCUGGAUGUGGCAAAACUCCUCCUACAACGCAGAGCACUGCUGGAUGAUCCUGGAAAGUAUGGUCUCACACCUUUGCAUGUAGCCGCUCACUAUGAUAACCAGCAGGUGGCGAUGCUGCUGUUAGACAAAGGAGCCUCACCCCAUGCUACUGCCAAGAAUGGCUAUACACCACUCCACAUUGCGGCCAAGAAGAACCAGACUCAGAUCGCCACUGCCCUGCUGCAGUACGGAGCAGAGACCAACGCGUUGACCAAGCAGGGUGUGAGUCCUUUACACCUGGCAUCUCAGGAAGGCCACACAGAGAUGGCAUCCCUGCUGCUGGAGAGAGGUGCACAUGUCAGUGCUGCCACUAAGAGUGGUCUUACUCCACUUCAUUUAGCUGCACAGGAGGACAGGGUCCAGGUGGCAGAAAUACUAGUCAAGCAUGAGGCAAACGUAGACCAGCAGACCAAACUGGGCUACACACCUCUCAUUGUGGCUUGUCACUAUGGAAAUGUCAAAAUGGUGAACUUCCUUUUGCAAAACGGUGCUAAUGUCAAUGGGAAAACGAAGAACGGUUACACACCACUUCACCAAGCUGCUCAACAGGGAAACACACACAUUAUCAAUGUCCUACUGCAGAAUGGGGCCAAACCUAAUGCUGUCACCAUGAAUGGAAACACUGCACUCUCUAUCGCUAAGCGUCUUGGGUACAUCUCAGUAGUGGACACUUUGAAAGUUGUCACUGAGGAAAUCGUCACAACCACAACUACGGUGACAGAGAAACACAAAAUGAACGUCCCAGAAACGAUGACAGAAGUUCUAGAUGUGUCUGAUGAGGAAGGUGAGGACACAAUGACAGGUGAUGGAGGUGAGUAUCUCAGAGCAGAAGACCUGAGAGAACUGGGUGAUGACUCCCUACCUGGACACUACCUGGACGGCAUGAGCUACAACCACAACCUAGACCGGUCGCAUGAGACCCCCAGUCAUCUUGGUUACAGAGGUGAAGGAAUUUUGAUUGAGGAGAUGAUCACCAGUCACCAGCUUAGCAGGGUGUCUGCUUUCGCUCGAGAGAAUGAGAAAGACUCGUAUCGACUGAGCUGGGGUACUGAACAUCUGGAUAAUGUGGUGCUCACCAGCACUCUUCUGCAGUCAGGUAGAUCAACCCCAUGCCUAGACCAUGACAACAGCAGCUUCCUUGUUAGUUUCAUGGUGGACGCCCGUGGCGGAGCCAUGCGUGGCUGUCGCCACAACGGACUUCGGAUUAUUGUGCCGCCUAGAAAGUGCUCAGCCCCUACACGGGUAACAUGUCGCCUGGUAAAGAGGCACAGGUUGGCCUCCAUGCCCCCUAUGGUGGAGGGUGAAGGGCUCGCAGGCAAGAUCAUUGAGGUCGGACCCACUGGAGCCCAGUUUCUUGGUAAACUUCACCUCCCUACAGCUCCUCCUCCUCUAAAUGAGGGCGAGAGUCUUGUCAGCAGAAUUCUGCAGCUGGGUCCACCCGGCACCAAAUUCCUCGGGCCUGUAAUAGUGGAGAUUCCCCACUUUGCCGCAUUGCGAGGGAUAGAGAGAGAGCUGGUGAUUUUACGGAGUGAGACGGGCGAGAGCUGGAGGGAACAUCACUGUGAACACACAGAAGAAGAGCUCAAUCAGAUACUCAAUGGCAUGGACGAGGAACUAGACCCGCCCGAGGAGCUGGAGAAAAAGCGAAUCUGCCGCAUCAUCACAAGAGAUUUCCCACAAUACUUUGCAGUAGUUUCUCGAAUUAAGCAGGACAGUCACCUGAUUGGUCCAGAGGGUGGAGUGCUCAGCAGCACGCUUGUUCCACAGGUUCAGGCUGUGUUCCCAGAGGGAGCAUUAACCAAACGGAUACGGGUGGGAUUACAGGCCCAACCAAUCAGUGAAGAGCUGGUAAGAAAGAUUUUGGGCAGCAAGGCCACGUUUAGCCCAAUUGUUACCUUAGAGCCCAGAAGACGCAAGUUUCACAAGCCUAUCACCAUGACAAUUCCCGUCCCCAAAAGCCAAACCAGUGACGGGACCAACAAUACACCCACCCUACGAUUGCUAUGUAGCAUUACUGGUGGGACAACUCCAGCUCAAUGGGAAGACAUAACCGGAUCUACGCCUCUAACAUUCAUAAACCAGUGUGUCUCAUUUACCACUAAUGUCUCAGCAAGAUUCUGGCUCAUAGAUUGCCGUCAGAUCCAAGAAUCUGUGAACUUCUCUAGCCAAUUGUAUCGUGAGAUCAUCUGUGUUCCCUAUAUGGCCAAAUUUGUCAUCUUUGCCAAAACACUGGACCCCAUUGAAGCACGACUCCGCUGCUUCUGUAUGACAGAUGAUAAGAUGGACAAAACCCUGGAGCAGCAGGAAAACUUUACUGAGGUGGCCCGAAGCCGAGAUGUUGAGGUACUAGAAGGAAAGCCAAUCUUUGCUGACUGCUUUGGCAAUCUUGUACCGCUGACCAAAAGUGGACAGCACCACGUCUUCAGUUUCUACGCCUUUAAGGAAAACCGUCUUUCUCUCUUUAUCAAAAUUCGUGACAGCAAUCAAGAACCAUGUGGUAGAUUAUCUUUUACAAAAGAGCCACGGACAUAUCGCACUCUAAACCUCAAUGCAAUAUGCAAUUUGAACAUCUGCCUGCCUGUCUACUCAAAGGACUCUGAUUCAGACCAAGAUGGAGAUGAAGAGAGUGACAAGACUCAAGAGAAAUACAAUGAUGGAUCUGAGUCAACAGAAUUUUCCAUGCUGCAAAUCGUCCAUGAUCCUGCUACACUUGCAAGUCCAGAUCUACUUUCAGAUGUGUCUGAUAUGAAGCAAGACUUGAUUAAAAUGUCAGUCCUUCUGACCUCUGAAAAAUCAGAACAUUCGUUUUCCACAGAAACAGGACAGCAAUCAGAAAAAACAGAGAAUGAGGAGGUGGAUGAACCCUUUGUGAUUGUUGAAAAAGUAAAAAAGGAUUUGGAGAAGGUAGAAGAGAUCCUCUGUAAAGGAACAAGGGAUGAAACAAGAGGAGGUACAGCUGGAAAAUCCAUAAGCAUUGAUAAUGAAGAAUGGAUACUUCUCAGUAAAGCAGAUGUUGAUGAAUUAGAAAGCAAAAAUAUCACAAAGGCUACAGAGACAGUCUUUCAGGAGGUGCAAAUGAAUCGAGACACUAUACUCGGUUCUCCUUCUAAAAGGGAUAUGUCAGGGAUGGUUUCAGAUAUCAGCACUGAUUUAGAGCAGUGCUUUACAGAAAUCCCAGUACCAGUUAGCCAUCCACAAGAUGCAGAAAUUGUUCAACAAAGCUUUAAAGAGGUUAUUCUGACCCGUGGUAGGAAACAUCGUCCAGCUGAAAUCAAAAAGCCAGCAAGAAGAAAACGUAAAGAGGGAGAGUUUGCAAGUGGCAGUUCAGAAGAUGAUUUGGAAAGGAUGAGUAGGAGUCAGUCUGAGGAGUCUUUAGAUGAAGAUGCAGUUAUUGGCAUAUCUGUACCUGUUUUCGGAUCAGUUCCUGUGUCUCCUAAAGUUGUAGAAACCCCAAUUGGAUCCAUUAAAGACAAGAUAAAGGCACUGCAAAACAAGGUUGAAGAGGAGAAGGACGUGGAGACUCAAAAAUGGAAACCUCAAAAAGUGAGUGCUUCUCAAGGGAAGGUUUAUGUGACUGAGACUGAAAUUUCUCCGAAGUCCCCCAAGUCUCCAAGAUCUCAGACAGAAAGGCUAGAAGAAACCAUGUCUGUUAAAGACCUGAUGAGGGCAUUUCAGACUGGGCAGGAUCCAUCAAAAUGCAAGUCCGGACUUUUUGAACAUAAAGCAAUUACGACUGUAACCUCUGAAACUGCAAGGUCUGUUGUAAUUCAGGUUGCCCCACAUGAUAACCAAAUGACAGUUACAACCCAACAUUUACAAGACAAAAUUGUAGCAGAUAACAAGAUCUGCAAAGAAUCAAAUGUUAUUGACCCAGACACAACUGAAUAUAAUGAGUCAACGAUAUUGGAUCAUGGAACACCACUGAUGACCAUAGAUAGUACCCGGCCCAGCCAAAAUAAAGCAAGUGAUCAAGCUGAAUUUAUUUCAGAAGUCAUUUUUAAUUUUGGAAAGCAAAGCCCCCCGGAAAACCAGUCUACGAAUGAAAUGGUUGAUCAUAAUGAAAAACCAUCUCAGGAACCAGGCAGAUUUGAGAGUGAGGAACUGCAAAAAACUUCAAAAAUUGUUAAAAAUGAAGACCUAGGGUUGAUGUCUGAGAGAGUAAAUUAUAUCAUAUGUCAAGACCGAAGAUUGUCUGUAGAACCUCAAAUCAGCCCAAACAGGAAACCAUCUGAGGACUUUAGUGCGGACAUUAAGGCAGAACUAGAGGACAAUGCCGAAUAUCAGCUCUUUAAGCAAAUCUCUGGUGCAGUAAAUAAGCAAUAUUUAAUGUCCAGUGAUGGUAUUUCUGCAGAAGAUGAGGAAGAACAAAUACACCAGACAUCUAUGGAUUCUUAUUCAUAUGAUGCAGACACAAACAUUGAAUUUACUACUGAAGUGGUGCAAGGUGAGCCCUUACUUCCGAAUGAAAUGCUUGAUGAAGAUUUGGAAGAAAGUCCUGAUAGUGACAAACACGAGGCUUUGGCAGACUCUCCUGUCAAUAGUACAGAGACCAAGACACCUCACUCCAGCACAGGGGACAGUGACAAACAUGAGGGACUUGCUGAAACCCCUCAAACAAAUCCUGAAAUCCAUGUUUCUUUUUUGGAUACUACAGCAGAAGACAUAGAGUAUGCAAUUGAGCAGGAUGUUCGAAUCAGACAAAACACUACACUCCGUUCUUAUUCUAAAUUGGAUAUGUCAGAUAUGGUUUCACAUCUCAGCAGUGACCUAGAACAGUGUCUAAAAGAAACAGGAGCACCAGUUAGCCAUCAACAAGAUGUAGAUAUUGUUCAAGAAAGCUUUAUAGAGAUUGUUCUGACACAUGCAGCAGAAAUUAAAACUCCAGGAAGAGAGUUUGCAAGAUGCAGUUUAAAGGAGGAUUUGAAAGGAAUAAGCAGGAGUCAGUCUGAAGAGUCUUUAGAUGAAAAUGCAGUUAGUGGUGGAUCUGUACCUGUUUUUGGAUCGGUUUCUGUAUCUCCUAGAGUUGUAGAAAUCCUGACUGACAACCCAGAAGAUAGACAUCCAGGGACUGUGGAGAGUACAACUGAACAGGAAAUCCAUAUCAUACGAGACACUAGACUCUCUUCUCCCCCUAAAAGGCAUAUGUCAGGUAUGGUUUCACAUCUUAGCAGUGAUCUAGAACAGUGUCUUAAAGAAACACCAGUACCAGUUAGCCAUCCACAAGAUGUAGAUAUUGUUCAAGAAAGCUGUAAAGAAGUUGUUCUUAGCUGUGAUAGUAAACACCGUUCGGUAGAAAUAAAAAUGACAGCAAGAGAGUUUGAAAGUUGCAGUUUAGAAGAGGAUUUAGAAAAAAUAAGUAGGAGUCAGUCUGAGGAGUCUUUAGAGGAAAUUGCAGUUGGUGGGGGAUCUGUACCUGUUUUUGGAUCAGUUUCUGUUUCUCCUAGAGUUGUAAAAACCCUGAUUGAAAGCCCAGAAGACAGACAUCCAGGAACUCUGGAGAGUACAACUGAACAAGGAGUCAGAAUCAAACAGGGCACUAUACUUUCUUCUCCUCCUAAAAGGGAUAUGUCAGAUAUGAUUUCACAUCUCAGCAGUGACUUAGAAGAAAUGGCAGAACCAGUUAGCCAUCCACAAAAUGUAGAUAUAGGUCAAGAAAGCUUUAAAGAGGUUGUUCUGACCCAUGGUAGUAAAUAUCAUCAAACAGAAGUAAAAAUGCCAGCCAGAGAGUUUGGAAGUGGCAAUUUAGAGGAUGAUUUAAAAAGAAAGAGUAGGAGUCAGUCUGAUGAGUCUUUAGAUGAAGAUGCAGUGAUUGGUGAAUCAAUACAUGUUUUUGGAUCAGUUUCUGUGUCUUCAAGAGUUGUAGAAACUCCAAUUAAAAACCCAGAAGACAGACAUCCAUGGACUCUGGAGACCAAGGACACAACUGAACAGAAAGUCCAAAUCAAACAAGACACUAUACUCUCUUCUCCUCCUAAAAGGGAUAUGCCAGAUAUGGUUUCACAUUUCAGCAGUGACUUAGAACAGUGUCUUAAAGAAACAUCAGUACCAGUUAGCCAUCUACAAGAUGUAGAUAUUGUUCAAGACAGCUUUGAAGAGGAUUUUCUGACCCAUGAUAGUAAACAUCAUCCUGGGGAGGUAGAAAUGCCAGCAAAAGAGUUUGGAAGUGGCAGUUUAGAGGAUGAUUUGGAAAGAAUGAGUAGGAGUCAGUCUGAGGAGUCUUUAGAUGAAGAUGCAGUGAUUGGUGAAUCGAUACAUUAUUUUGGAUCAGUUUCUGUGUCUUCAAGAGUUGUAGAAACUUUAAUUGAAAACCCAGAAGUUACACAUCCAUGGACCAUGGAGACUGAGGACACAACUGAACAGGAAGUCAGAAUCAAACAAGACAUUAUACUCUCUUCUCCUCCUAAAAGGGAUAUAGUUUCACAUCUCAGCAGUGACUUAGAACAGUGUCUUAAAGAAACACCAGUACCAGUUAGCCAUCUACAAGAUGUAGAUAUUGUUCAAGAAAGCUUUGAAGAGGAUUUUCUGACCCAUGAUAGUAAACAUCAUCCUGGGGAGGUAGAAAUGCCAGCAAAAGAGUUUGGAAGUGGCAGUUUAGAGGAUGAUUUGGAAAGAAUGAGUAGGAGUCAGUCUGAGGAGUCUUUAGAUGAAGAUGCCGUGAUUGGUGAAUCGAUACAUGAUUUUGGAUCAGUUUCUGUGUCUUCAAGAGUUGUACAAACUUCAAUUGAAAACCCAGAAGACAGACAUCCAUGGUCUCUGGAGACUGAGGACACAACUGAACAGGAAGUCCGAAUCAAACGAGACAUUAUACUCUCUUCUCCUAAACGGGAUAUGUCAGAUAUGGUGUCACAUCUCAGCAGUGACUUAGAACAGUGUCUUAAAGAAACACCAGUUCCAGUUAGCCAUCUACAAGAUGUAGAUAUUGAUCAAGAAAGCUUUGAAGAGGAUUUUCUGACCCAUGAUAGUAAACAUCAUUCGGGAGAAGUGAAAAUGCCAGCAAGAAAGUUUGGAAGUGGCACUUUAGAGGCUGAUUUGGACAGAAUAAGUAGGAGUCAGUCUGAGGAGUCUUUAGAUGAAGAUGCAGUGAUUGGUGAAUCGAUACAUCAUUUUGGAUCAGUUUCUGUGUCUUCAAGAGUGGUAGAAACUCUCAUUGAAAACCCAGAAGACAGACAUCCAUGGACCAUGGAGACUGAGGACACAACUGAACAGGAAGUCCAAAUCAAAGGAGACAGUAUACUCUCUUCUCUUCCUAAAAGGGAUAUGUCAGAUAUGGUUUCACAUCUCAGCAGUGACUUAGAACAGUGUCUUAAAGAAACACCAGUUCCAGUUGGCCAUCUACAAGAUGUAGAUAUUGUUCAAGAAAGCUUUGAAGAGGAUUUUCUGACCCAUGAUAGUAAACAUCAUUCGGGAGAAGUGAAAAUGCCAGCAAGAAAGUUUGGAAGUGGCACUUUAGAGGCUGAUUUGGACAGAAUAAGUAGGAGUCAGUCUGAGGAGUCUUUAGAUGAAGAUGCAGUGAUUGGUAAAUCGAUACAUCAUUUUGGAUCAGUUUCUGUGUCUUCAAAAGUGGUAGAAACUCUCAUUGAAAACCCAGAAGACAGACAUCCAGGGACUCUGGAGACUGAGGACACAACUGAACAGGAAGUCCGAAUCAAGGGAGACAGUAUACUCUCUUCCCCUCCUAAAAGGGAUAUGUCAGAUAUGGUUUCACAUCUCAGCAUUGACUUGGAACAGUGUCUUAAAGAAACACCAGUACCAGUUAGCCAUCUACAAGAUGAAGAUAUUGUUCAAGAAAGCUUUGAAGAAGAUUUUCUGACCCGUGAUAGUAGGCAUAAUUUGGGAGAAGUAAAAAUGCCAGCAAAAGAGUUUGGAAGUGGCAGUUUAGAGGAUGAUUUGGAAAGAAUGAGUAGGAGUCAGUCUGAGGAGUCUUUAGAUGAAGAUGCAGUGAUUGGUGAAUCGAUACCUGAUUUUGGAUCGGUUUCUGUGCCUUCAAGAGUUGUAAAAACUCCAAUUGAAAACCCAGAAGACAGACAUCCAUGGUCUCUGGAGACCGAGGACACAACUGAACAGGAAGUCAGAAUCAAACGAGACAUUAUACUCUCUUCUCCUCCUAAACGGGAUAUGUCAGAUAUGGUGUCACAUCUCAGUAGUGACUUAGAACAGUGUCUUAAAGAAACACCAGUACCAGUUGCCCAUCUACAAGAUGUAGAUAUUGUUCAAGAAAGCUUUGAAGAGGAUUUUCUGACCCAUGGUAGUAAAUAUCAUUCGGGAGAAGUUAAAAUGCCAGCAAGAGAGUUUGGAAGUGGCACUUCAGAGGCUGAUUUGGAAAGAAUGAGUAGGAGUCAGUCUGAGGAGUCUUUAGAUGAAGAUGCAGUGAUUGGUGAAUCAAUACCUGAUAUUGGAUCAGUUUCUGUGUCUUCAAGAGUUGUAGAAACUCCAGUUGAAUACCCAGAAGACAGAUAUCCAGGGACCAUGGAGACUGAGGACACAACUGAACAGGAAGUCCGAAUCAAACGAGACACUAUACUCUCUUCUCCUCCUAAAAGGGAUAUGUCAGAUAUGGUUUCACAUCUCAGCACUGACUUAGAACAGUGUCUUAAAGAAACACCAGAACCAGUUAGCCAUCUACAAGAUGAAGAUAUUGUUCAAGAAAGCUUUGAAGAGGAUUUUCUGACCCGUGAUAGUAAACAUAAUUUGGGAGAAGUAAAAAUGCCAGCAAAAGAGUUUGGAAGUGGCAGUUUAGAGGAUGAUUUGGAAAGAAUGAGUAGGAGUCAGUAUGAGGAGUCUUUAGAUGAAGAUGGAGUGAUUGGUGAAGCGAUACCUGAUUUUGGAUCGGUUUCUGUGUCUUCAAGAGUUGUAGAAACUCCAAUUGAAAACCCAGAAGACAGACAUCCAUGGUCUCUGGAGACUGAGGACACAACUGAACAGGAUGUCAGAAUCAAACAAGACACUUUACUCUCUUCUCCUCCUAAACGGGAUAUGUCAGAUAUGGUGUCACAUCUCAGCAGUGACUUAGAACAGUGUCUUAAAGAAACACCAGUACCAGUUGGCCAUCUACAAGAUGUAGAUAUUGUUCAAGAAUGCUUUGAAGAGGAUUUUCUGACCCAUGAUAGUAAACAUCAUUCGGGAGAAGAGAAAAUGCCAGCAAGAGAGUUUGAAAGUGGCACUUCAGAGGCUGAUUUGGAAAAAAUGAGUAGGAGUCAGUCUGAAGAGUCUUUAGAUGAAGAUGCAGUCAUUGGUAUAUCUGAACCCAUUUUCGGAUCAAUUCAUGUGUCUCCUAGAGUUGUAGAAACCCUGACAGCAGACAUAAUGGAAGCUCGGGAGACAGAAAGUACAAAUAAACAGGCAAUUCUUGUAACAUCUUAUGAAAGAGUGGAAAGUGACAAGAGUGAUCUUGCAUGUACAGUAAUCUCCCUAAAAAACAAAACUGAAUCACCAUUUCUUGAUGACUCCAGGACUGAUUUACCAUCUCCAUCCACCAAGACUGAGUCACCCUCCCCUAAUGAUUCUAAAAUUGAUUCACUCUUAUCAUUUACCAAAGCUGAUUUACCAUCCCCUGAUGAUUCUAACAUCAUAAUUCAAGACACAAUUCAAGUUAUGAAGUACAGCUAUAUGGAGCCUAUGGGCGGUGAAACAACCAUACAGAAAAGUACAGAAAGUACAUAUACAGAAAGUACUUCGAUCUAUAGUGAAAGUAGGAAGUCUAUAGAUUCCGAUAUAAUCACUGAGCCUGAGGGGAUAAUUCAGUAUAGUCUUCACAGUGAAGAUACACCAAAUAGACCUCUUAAUUUGGAUUCAUUGGAGUUUAAAACCAUGACUGACUCCAAAACUUUCUGUCAAAUGGACUCACUAGAAACUAGUCCCGUUAAAGAAGAUUCGUCAUCUCAUAAAAGCCCAGACUCUAUUGAGCCAAGUCCAAUCAAGGAGUCCCCAUGUCCAGACUCUUUAGAUGGAAGUCCCACAGGGCAAGGGCAUGAUAUUGAAAGGGUCUUCUCAAUGAGUCAGACUUCAGUAGAAGACUUCGUAGAAAAUGCAGAAAGUCAAAAGAAAAGUGAAUCAUUCCAAUCAUUAGGGACACAGCAGACCUCAGAUAUGGAGGAUGUUUCUAUGACCUUGCAUCCAAAAGAAAGCGACAGUGAUGAGCUUAAGGAUACCGAUGCCUUACAGAGACAAAUUACUCCAGAAGAGCAGAUGUUUAAGCAGGCCUCAGAUAUGGAGGAUGUUUCUAUCACCAUGAAUCCAAAGGAAAGCGACAGUGAUGAGCUUGAGGAUACUGAUGCCUUACAGAGACAAUUUACUCCAGAAGAGCAGAUGUUUAAGCAGACCUCAGAUAUGGAGGAUGUUUCUAUGACCUUGGAUCCAAAAGAAAGCGACAGUGAUGAGCUUGAGGAUACUGAUAGCUUACAGAGACAAUUUACUCCAGAAGAGCAGAUGUUUAAGCAGACCUCAGAUAUGGAGGAUGUUUCUAUGACCUUGGAUCCAAAAGAAAGCGACAGUGAUGAGCUUGAGGAUACUAAUGCCUUACAGAGACAAUUUACUCCACAAGAGCAGAUGUUUAAGCAGACCUCAGAUAUUGAGGAUGUUUCUAUGACCUUGGGUCCAAAAGAAAGCGACAGUGAUGAGCUUGAGGAUACUGAUGGCUUACAGAGACAAUUUACUCCAGAAGAGCAGAUGUUUAAGCAGACAUCAGAUAUGGAGGAUGUUUCUAUGACCUUGGAUCCAAAAGAAAGCGACAGUGAUGAGCUUGAGGAUACUGAUGGCUUACAGAGACAAUUUACUCCAGAAGAGCAGAUGUUUAAGAUGGCUGCAAAGAUCAAAACAUUCGAUGAAAUGGAAAAAGAUCAAGCAAAAAAGAAAAAAGUCAAAUUUGAUUUUGAUUGUAUUUCUAAACAACCAAAAGAAGAAGUGCUAUCACCACAACAAAGUCCAUUGGACUUUACCACAGUGUCAACCAAUGAAUCACAAGAACAGUGGUUAGAGAACCUGACUGAAUCUGACCCACCUGGCCCAGUAUCACCCUUAUUUUCUUCAUCAUCAGGUGAUGAAUAUGACAGCCCUAAUUUAGCUAAGUCAUCACACAAGGUCUCAGAAGAAACCAUUCAGGUUUUAAAAACCAUGGACGAAGAUGAACAUAGCCAUUUGGGGACUGUUGAUUUACAACCAUGCACAUAUAGACCAUUUGUGCAAACACCCAUAGAACAUGAGGAAGAUUAUGAAAAUAUCCAUUCAGAGUAUUAUAAUGCAGUAAUUGGUGAGGUUUAUACUACUGAUGCAACAGGGCAGGAUGUAGUUGUUACAUCACAAUUACAGAUCAAAAUGGAAAUUGAGAUAGCCAGUGAUGUUGAAAAUAAGUCUCCUGGGGAGAGCCAAACAUCUGAAAAUAUCACUGAACCAAUUUCCCCACUUGAUCUUAUGUGUACUGCUGAAAAUAAAGUGCUGGAUGAAACCCAAGCAGUUGCAUUCAUUUAUGAAGAGGACCAUAAAGGAAAAUCAAUAGAAAUGCCAUCAUCGCCAAGAGACUUAGUACCCUGGAGUGCUGAAAUAGAAGACGAUGAAGCAUUUGAUGCACGAAUCGAGGCUGAAGAGCAGAAAAUACUUGCUUUGUGUACAGACAGACGAUCUCGUGAAACCACACCUGACACAACUCCAGGGCGAACACCUACUGAAGAAGGGACACCAAAUCCAUUCCUUUUCCAAGAGGGAAAAUUGUUUGAAAUGACUAGAGGUGGAGCUAUUGACAUGACCAGAAGGACCGUAGAGGACAAUGAAGAAAGAGUCUUUUUCCCAGUAAAUGAAGAUCCAACUGAGCAAGAUACAUUUGAACAAGCAACAUCCAAUACCAGUGAAUCUGUUGCUUCUUUUGAGCUGCCCCUAGAUGGUAUAAUGCAGCAAGACCACAUUACAGAUGAGUCUGAUUCAAAAUCUGAAGCCUUUAGUGAAACUGAAACUGAGGAUCUUGUGCAGUCCAAAUAUCAGGAACCAACUGAUUUUUCCAUGCAAAGUGAACAAGAGAGUCCCACAGAGAAUUGUUUAAUCUAUGAGGACACGCUAAUACCAAAUAUUGACACUGCCACAUCUACAGUAACCCGAACUGUGUAUUCUGAUCAAGACCUGGAAUCCUCUGACUCUUCAGUGGAAGAUGAUCAGCAUUCUGUUGUUGAAAUGCCCAUGUUCACUCAAGAAUCUGUUGUUUCAACUAGUGUCUCAGACCAUACUGUUAAUCAAAAGCAGUCAUUAUCUUCGUUUUCCACUGAGUCCAAAGAAAUUGUUACUGAAAUGGAAGACAUAACCCCCAAACCAAAAAUACACAUAAAAGCAGCUAGUUUUGACAGAACUUUAGGGCAAGGAGAUUCUACUGAGCGGAGUCAAAGGCCUAAAUCUGAGGCUGAUAUCGAUCAUUCAGAAUGGUCCAUGUAUGUCGCAGAAGAUCACAUUAAUAUAGAUUACCCCAAACCGAAGACUUUAUCCUCUCAGCUGCCUUUUCCACAGGAUCAAGAUAAUUUACCCCAGCCAUCCAAUCAACCUGAACCUUCUUUAGAAUGCUCUCAGGAAUUGGACCUAACAAAGACAGAGUUUGAAAAAGUCAAGGGAGAAAGAGCUUCUCUUGACUCAGACAUAGAAAGUAAUUUGAAAAUAGUUCGACCCCCAUCUAUAGGUGAGGAUGUCUUUGAGACAAGACCCAACUGGGAAGAUAGUGUGGAGACACAGAUGCAGAGAAUCUCAGACAGCACUACUCCAGACCAAUGUAAAGCGGAUUGGCAUGAUGAUGCAGAUAGGAAAGAAGAGACUUUGGCCAUCAUUGCUGACCUUCUAGGUUUUAGCUGGACAGAGCUAGCCAAAGAGUUAGAGUUUAAUGUGGACGAGAUUCAGCAAGUGCGUGCUGAAAACCCAAACUCACUACAAGAACAGAGUCAUGCCCUUUUACAGCGCUGGGUAGAGAGAGAAGGAAAGCAUGCAACUGAAGAUACUUUGAUUAAAAGACUUACCAAAAUAAACCGCAUGGACAUUGUUCAUCUUAUUGAGAUUCAAAUGCACAAGUCAGUCCAAGAGCAAACCUCAAGAACAUAUGCAGAGAUCGAGAAAACCCUGGACCACAGUGAAGCUCUCUCCUCAGUUCAAGAGGAUGUUGACAGUGUUCGGAUGGUGCGGAGAGUGGAGACAUCACAAAGGCAUCCUCCAGCUGUGUCAGAAGAAGACUUAUCUGUGGCCUCGCUCCUUGACAUUCCAUCAUGGGCUGAAACAAUGGGAAAUGCUCAUUCAGAGAGCAUUCAUGGGGAUCUAAUGGAGGAACUGGAGAUCAUCCAGGACAGUUUCACCAAUCAGUGGCCAUCCCAAGAACUCAAGAAAGAACCUACAAAUGAAGCUGCAGAAGGCGAUGAUGUUCCAGAUAUUCCUCCACAGUCCGUGACAGAAGAGCAAUAUACAGAUGCACAGGGAAACCUAGUAGUGAAGAAGGUAACCAGAAAGGUGAUUCGUCGUUGUGUUUCAUCUGAUGGGGUGGAGAGAGAGCAGGUGAGGGUGGAGGGCUCUGAACAACAGCCUGUCAUUGUGGAGCAGGGGGAUGGAUACUCCAGGGUGAUGAAGAGGACAGUACUUAAGAGUGAAGGACAUCAGACAGAGGUGACUUUUCAUGAACGAGAUGUUACGUCAUCUUCAAAGGAGGAGACUGCUGGAGGUUCACGGGUCAGUCAGGUGUUUCAGACGACAGUGGUACAUGGAGAACAUCUGGAGAAACAAGAGGGUGAUGCUGAUCUCGCCGCAGACCUCUCCUCUGCCCGUGAUGACUUCACUCAGGACGAAGAUGCAGAAGUCUAGGACCAGGAGGAGGACAGCAGUGAGGGAUGCUGGAGGACCGAAGAGAGUGCGCAUGGAGCAGAUAGACGAUCGUUCCGAGCACCAUGACAACCUACAGCAUCGCCUCCAUCACUUCAUUCACCACUACUGUGCCC